UUUUUUCAUUAAACCUUUUAUUUAAUGAAUUUUUAUCUUCGUUUUCCUCGGAAUAACGUUUCGUAAUUCAUCUUCGAGAACAAUUGCAAUAUGAUUCACGAAACAGUCAGUCGUUCUUCUUUGUAUCAUGUACACGACAUGGAUCAAGAUGAAUCUUUCUCUUUAUUAUUAAUUUCUCCAGAAGAUGUCUUUAAGUCAUUAAAUACGUGGGCAUUGACGCGGUCCAUUUUAUUUACGGAUUCAUAUUUAGCAAAAACUAUAGAAAGCUCUUCUUAUUUUCCAAAUAACAAAACCGCACAGACUUGUACCAUAUUUGUGUUAAAUUAUUUGUAAUACAAUCAACCUAAUUCUUUGCAUAAGCAGUAACAUGUACGGAGAAGCAUGCUCUUUAAUCGGAAUCUAUCGUGAUUAUAUAAUGUUUUCUAUUAAAGCAGAUUAUUAGCGAAUAGUCGAAACUAUUCGCUUGGACUGCAAGAAACAUGUAUGUAUAUUCGAUGCUUAACUUUGUUUUUUUUUUAUACAUCGUGUAAUCAAAGUUUUUAGAAAUGCAAAAGAUAGACAAAAUAAUGCGAACACUUUGGAAAUACAGACAUUGUUAUCUGUUAUCAUGAAUUAUUUAUUCGUGUAACAAAGGAAACAAUGAGAAACAACAAACUACAGAUUAAAUAAUUUUACAUUAUUAGAGACCGACAAAUUUAUAUUUUAUACUGGGCAUCAGACUAACAAAGUUAAUUUUUUAAAAAAACUUUAUUAUACUUAAAUUGCGUGGCAUUUGUUUGUUUUAGCAUGACUGACCCUAUUUAGCUAAAAGAGAUAAACUUUCCCAGCAAAUGAUAAAUAAUUGGAAAAUAUUGAAAAUUAUACUUUGAAUCAAGCUUUCGAAUUUUUUUAAUCAGUUUUCAACCUGUAAUCCGUUGAAUCCGUAAUUGUGGAUCGACCAUUUGCUAUUAUUAGUAUCACACCCAAAAUGUAAAAUUAUAUUGAAAAUUAUUCAUUGAGCGAUGUCAAGUUUAAAAUUUUUCUAGACAUUUGUUCAGUCAACAGGUAUGACUAAUUAGUAUUGCCAAAUAAUUGCAGAGGGCCACUUACGUUCCUAGAUCCUGGGGUGGGGGCUGGAAGAAUUGGGAGAAGAGGACAACUAAAACUAUUCAGAAUACUAUAAUUAAAGAAAGAAAAAAGAAAAAAAAAGCAAAAUAAAAAUAAGAAAGAGUAUACACAUUAACUCAUAAGUAACGGAAACUAAAUGAAGAUACAAUCUAAAAAUCAAAUGGAAACCCAAGAUAAAGUAACUAUAAUCCAAAAAUUAUCCCGACACACAAAGGAAAUUAUAUAUACACAAUCAGAUCUUUGGGCCAAUAGAUCUGGUUGAGAUUGAAUUGUACGUUGUGGUACUGUGAUCUUCAAUAGAAGUCAGAUAUCCAAAGGCCAAUAGAAGAAGAAGAAGAAACGAGGACCUCGAGACUGAUUCGCUCCGAAACUAUCGCGCAGUAAACGCGAUUCUCUUCAACCGUUACGACGAACUUGUAUUCCGACGCCGCUCUCGCGGUUACAUCAUUUCGUUGUAAAAGUGUUAUGUAUCAGUGAGUGGUCAUUCAUAUAAAACUUGAAGUUGUUUAAGUAUAACGGUACUUGUGUCUCUCCCCUCGAGCCUCUCCUCACCAUCCCGGUUCCUAAGCGUAACGCCAAUUCGUCGUGAGGCGUCGAUGAUUUUUCAGACACAGCACGGAGAAGAGAAAUGUUUUACGGAAUCCCUGGCCUGACGUUACCCGCCCGCACAGUCAAUUUUAAAAGUACGCCCUUACAGGAGGGUUCUUACACAAGUUUAAAUAGCACAUAUACACGUUCACGAGAAUAUAUUGAAUUUUUUUUCCUUGUAGUCCACUUUAGUGCUAACGCCUCGCUAUAAUAAUAGUGUUUGGUCUUCAGAGAAGUGUUUCCAAUUUUCAUCAAACUGUUUACAUUAUUUGUUGACGUAAAUUUCAUAAAUUAAUCCAGACCACAUACCAGAUAAGAGUGAGACAAACAUUGUAAGAGCAACCAGCAAAAAUGGCAGAAGUAGAACAAGAAUUUAAGGAGAUAAAAUUGUCCGUACCAUGGGGUCACGUUGCCGCCAGAACUUACGGUUCUCCCACGGAAAAGCGAGUCUUACUGAUACACGGUCUUCUGGAUAACGUUGGAACAUUUACUAGAUUGAUGAAAUAUUUACCAAAAAAAUCAUUUUAUUACGUAUGCAUAGAUUUACCUGGCCAUGGUUGGUCAUCAGUCUUUCCAUCUUGGAUGGUGAUUGACUUUGUGGAUUAUGUACACUCACUAUAUUUUAUCUUAGAAGCGCUACAGUGGGAUACAUGUAUUAUUUUAGGACAUUGUUUCGGAGCGCAAAUAGCUUUAGGGUUCAGUAUUUUUUACUCGAACAGAAUUGAGAAGAUAAUCUCUAUUGACGGAAUUUUUGGGGUUUCUCCUUAUGAAAAAGAUUUUAUAACAUAUUUUCAAGCUGCAUCUGAACUUUCAGUAAAAGAUUAUUAUCAAAAACAUAAUAAAUUGUCUUUCACCAAAGAAGAAAUAUUACGCGCUCUUAGGACUAUGAGGCCAACACCUUUGAAUUACGAAGCUGCUGACGCAAUGUUUGAGCGUGCAGUUACAGAAGUAAAUGGAAAAUACAUAUAUAAUAGAAAUAUAAGAUUAAAAAAUGUUCCUUUAUCAUUUUUUAACAUAGAUCAGUGUCUACAACUCUGUCAUAGACUUCCAAUGAUACCAAUAUAUAUCUUUGUUUCAUUGUCUCACGGUAUUAUUGUUUCAUGUAAAAAUUAUAAAUUAAUAUUUGAAAUAAUGAGAGCUAAAUCCAUAUUAGAAGUAAUUUAUGUAGACGGAAAUCAUGACGUUCAUAAUAAUGAGCCUGAAAAAGUUGCGCCAUUUAUAUGUAAAAUAUUGAACAGCAACAAUUCCAAACUAUAGACAGAUAUGUACAUGUACAUGUACAUAUACAUAUACUCUUAUUAUAGAUAUUGUUUAAUAUAUAAAUAUAUUAAAUAUAAUAAAUUAUAAUAAAUAUAUUUUAAAGUUUAUAAUAUAA